ACCCGAAGCCUUGUGCUCGAACCCCGAUAGCAGUGCUCCUCACUUCUACGACAAAUAAAUUCCCCAAAGAAAAUUCAAACCUAAUUGACUAUUUUACCCUCCCCUCACAGUUCCCCAAAACAAAUUUUCGGAAAAGAUCAGGGAUUCAAUCGUCAAAAGAUUUUAUAAACUGCCUUAUAUUUUUUGUUUUAAUAAUUUCAAAAGGCCGUAAUAUCAGACUUCGCUGCAAAUUUUUUUUUUUAUUUUGCUUCGAAUGCUACAGUGAAGCUGGCUCAAGCGUAGUCAUCACCGUUGUCAACUCAACCUCGCCGUGCCAAGAUUUUUAGGGUUUCAGAUUAUCAGUCCCAAUGGUGGCGGAGUUUGGUUCUGGUUGGUUAAGGCCAAGUUAGUUAGAUCGGUAUUUAAAAGAGAGAGAGAGAGAGAGAGAGAGAGAGAGAGAGAGAGAGAGAGAGAGAGAGAGAUGGAAGAGGAGAUGGAGAUAGAGCCAGUGUUCGAGGUGCGAGAGAUUGAUCUUGAUUACGAGUUUGAUGCGACUCGGUUCUUUGAUUUCACUCGCGAGGAGUUGCCGACGGAGGCCAGAGAAGCUGAACUUUGGUUCGAGUCGGCGCCGACUUAUCCUCCCUCUCCUUUUGUGUCAAAGUUAGUUUUAAGGGAGGAAAGUCUCCUGGAAAUUGUGGCUACGUCUCCAAAAUGUAGAGAAGCGGAAGAUACUAGCACAUUACUUGAGAAUGAUUCCGAAGAUGUUAUGGCGUUGGAAUUUUCAGCUAUGGGUGACACUAACAGAGGCAAUGAAGGAAAUAACAGAGGGAUCUUCACCAAUAUACAGAAGGUUUUACAAAAAGCUCUGAAAGAACGAUUUCAAUUAACUACAGGCUUGACAACUUUCAAUCACAUACCAAACGAUAAGUUAAAAGCUAAAUCUAAGAGCAUGAAACCAUUUAUGCCAAGGAGCUCAACCCUUAUGAAACCUACUGUAAGUCAGUUAGCCAAACAAAAUCUGCCCCCUCAAGUUGCUACAUGCAGAUUUCAGAAGCUACAGGUGGUAAAUGGUGACAGAAGCUUAGGUCAUUCUUCUGUGCUUGAAAGUCAAGCUUCCAAGAGGCAGAAGCUUGAGGGCGGUCUCUCACGUAAGGUUGAUGAGGUGAGGCAGCAAACUAUUUUAGUCCACAAGGCACCUAAAAGGGAUGGAACUGAAAGAAACACUAUCAAUACCAAACUGAAGCUUACCAUUCCAAGGGAACCUGAGCUUGAAACAGCACACAGGGCUCAAAGAAUACGGCCUAAGAAUGGUACAGAACAGGAGCAUGUUACAUCUGUCACUCAUAGAUUCAAAGCACGGCCAUUGAAUAGAAAAAUUCUCGAGGCUCCUUCGUUGCCUCUUUCAAAGAAGAGUAUUCCUAAGUUGCCAGAGUUUCAAGAAUUUCAUCUGAAGACAUCAGAAAGAGCUGUGCAACUCUCAUCAGCUGUAUCAUCCUCAUUCCAAACAAAUAAUGCUGAUAAGGGGUCUGAGAAACCUUGUACAAUUUCUGCUAACUGCAAUGGAACUAGAGAAGCCAGAAGACCAAGUGCCAUGGAUGCCAUUAGGCAGGAUGCUUGUGACACAAAGUACAACUUCAAAGCUCGUCCUUUAAAUAAGAAGAUAUUUUCCAGUAAAGGAGAUAUUGGUGUUUUCCGAAAUAUCAAAAGGGAAACCACAGUGCCAAUGGAAUUUAAUUUCCAUACAGAGAAGAAAAUUCCCCAAAAUCCACCUAUAGAACUUUUUAGUAAGCUAUCUCUUGCGACUGAACUACAGCCAAGCAAUGGAUCUCAGAUGAAGUUGCCUCAUCCUACAAAGGGCUCAAAAGAAAAUAGAUGGAAUUCUUUCCAUCCAGAACAUGGGAUGAGGCAUUUGGCAAAGGAAAAAGAACAUGUGUUUGGCGGCAAGAACAUUCAGUGCGAGAGUGAUGGUUUUGUCACUGAAGUUGGUAAUCAAUUCAGCAUGAGGAGCUUGGGCAUCCGCUAAAAGUAAAGUGGCUGUUUGUUCGGAAUUUUGACGGAUCAACACUUGACAAUUGCACAAACCUCAUCAACAAACAAAGUUUUUGCUGCACAUGGAAUCUGUUGAUAUCCAACUCUACUAGAAAUCUGUUGAUAUGCAACUUUACCAGAAAUCAAUCUUUACCUCUAAAGAAACUGACAUGCUAGAUAGAUGAACUUUCGUGCUCCAUACUUCUGGGUCACAAGUCCUUGAUACAAUAAAAAUGUUACAGUUGUACAGCCAAUCAAGGCCUCGUACCAUUUCCUUUGACGUUAAUUUUGUAGCAUUACCGCAAAUAUGAUGGCCGUUAGUUCGGAAAUGUAACCCAUUUACUAGUUUCUUCAGAAACCCCUGGUGCUCAAUUCAAUUUUAUGUCAGGUUGGAUGAAUCUGUAAGUCCAUCUUCUGCUUGUGUGCAGAUUGCAGCUAGUAUGCUACUCUAUAUUGUAUUAUUUGUCUACGGAGUUGUUCUUCGGUAGAGCAUUUUUCGUCCAGUGCUUUAAAUCAUAAGCCUUUUUGAAGGGCCUCUUCUCUUUGUUAUAGCAACGGCAAGACCUUUCGGAAACAAUGUCUGCCAAAAGAAGGCAUAAAGAAGGGUGGACGUGAACAGUAGACGCCAUUGCUGACGACUUGAAUGAAAGAGAGAGGGCAAGCCUCUUGCUUAAAACAGAAGGAGCCUGCUCUGCAUACUAGAUCAUUGCUGCUCUGCAUACUAGAUCAUUGCUACUGAUGCAGUCUUGGGAAAGGUCUAUGACCACCAUGCGACGGAGAACCUUCAAAAUUAACUGUUAAAUUAAUGAUUCAGAAUUAUAUCAUCUGAUUGAAAGAAACUCGGACUGUGAUAUCGGUCAAGAGUUUGCGUACCUGAAUCCUGUAAAGGAGUUGAUCCUAACGACUAGUAAAAUAUAGAACAAUGGUAGAAAAAGCAUGUCGGGCACUCACCUUAUUUGUAUAUUUUUUUGUCACAUGUUCGAAUCAGUUCUAAAAAGAAUUGUGACUGAUGGAAUAAUGGAAUCCCAUUCGAUAGUAGAGUUUAAACCCAACAGAAAAAAUCCAAGGUGCCACAGCUACACGGUGAGGAAGCCUGCUGCCCUGAACCUUCAGCUUAAAUUUGGCUUCAAACGCUGGAACCAAACAAUCUCUGCCGGCUAGGAUGCUAAACAUAGAAAAUUUGUCGUCUUUUUCUCCUUUUUGUUCCAACAUUUCUCAAAGCCUCAAACUGCACUUACAUGCAGGUGACCGCACGGUGUUCACCACAAUAGUUUGCAGUCAUGAUAACAUCAGUCAUAGGAAAGUGACUAGAAUUGUUCGGGCAACUAAUC